AUGCAAAAAUCAGGGCUUGUUAGUAAUGGUAAUGGUACCAAUUGGAAACCUGAGGAUCAGUAUAUUAACUUCGGAUCUUCUGCAUCUGCUUCUGUUUCUUCAGCUGAUGUGAUGAUUGCUUUUAAAGGGCAGAUGGGGAACUAUGGUGGUUAUGGAUCUAUGAAUACGGAGAUUGAAACCCUUCCUCUGUUCCCCAUGCAUAAUGAGGACAUCUUUGGCAACAUGAAGACUAGUUCCGAGGGUGGUGGCGGCUACAGCUACUACUCCUGUGGAUGGGGCGGCUACAACGGUGACUCUCACAUUUCCCUUGAGCUUAGCCUCAACUCUUACGACUCGACCCUAUUUUCCCGCGAACGUGUUUUCUCUGUGAGAGAAGAGACAAAGCUGUAA